UGAAUCCAUCCCCCGCCUCUCUCUCUCUCUCUUUCUCUCUCUGAUAUUUCCUCAUCGUUUGAAUCUCUACGUUUUCUCUCUCAUCAUUGUCACGAGACGUUCAUCACGCGCACACAAAUCGUUGUGCAGUUUGAUUCUCUCUCCGUUACUGGUGGAUUGAAAUCUCAUUUUUAGGAAUAAAUGAAACUCUUCUUGGUUGGAUAUAGAGAUUCAAUUUGUUAUCAGCCGUGAAGUACUCGGAUCCAAGUGGUGGUUAGUUCACUUGUGUCGGCAUCUGGCUUCAAUUUAGGAUUCGGGAGGGUUUAGGUCAUAUGGUGUUAAACUAUGGGGCUUAAAUGAAGAAAUUGUUCUAGUAAACGGGGUUAUAUUCAAACAUGGUGCAAAAAAGGUCUUUUAGGGGAUAAACAGGGAUGUGUUGUUAAUUUGCUUCAUCUAUUGAUGAACAUGGAAGAGGCACGUGAUGAAUUAGGGACCUCAGAGCAAGGGGCUUCUAGUAAUGCAUGGUGGUCUUCAGAGCUAAUUGAUAAAUUUGAAUCUGCUUCAUUGGACUCGAAAAAAGAAACUCUAACUCAUAGAAGAUCUAUGAGCAGCAGUACAUAUGAUAGGUUUCUAUCUCAAUCUCAGUCAGCAUCACAAAUUCUUUGGCGUACUGGAGUACUUUCUGAACCUAUUCCAAAUGGUUUCUACUCAAUCAUUCAUGAUAAGAGGCUCAAGGAUCUUUUUGAUGAUAUUCCUACCUUGGAGGAGCUCCAUGAUUUAGAACUUGAGGGUGUGAAAGCUGAUAUCAUACUUGUUGAUUCCCAAAAAGACAAGAAGCUUUCCAUGCUAAAGCAACUAAUUUCCACACUAGUGAAAGGUCUGAACUCAAAUCCUGCAGCCAUUAUCAAAAAGAUUGCUGGACUGGUGUCAGAUUUCUAUAAGAGACCACAGUUUGACAGCCCACUUAAAGCUACACUUGAGGAUACUUCUAAUGUCCCUGGCAGUCGUGGGGUCCACUUGCUGGGGCAUAUAAAAAAUGGUUCAUGUCGUCCUCGAGCAAUACUCUUUAAAGUUCUUGCUGAUACUGUAGGUUUUGAAAGUAGAUUGGUAGUGGGAAUACCUAAUGAAGGAGUUGGUGAAUGUGUAGAUUCAUAUAAGCAUAUGUCUGUAGUAGUUGUUCUGAAUUCUGUAGAACUACUUGUUGAUCUAAUGCGAUUUCCUGGUCAACUCAUACCCCGGUCAACCAAGGCAAUAUUCAUGUCCCAUAUUUCUGCAGCUGGAGAAAGUGAUUCUGCAGAAAAUGACUCAUGUGAUUCACCACUAGAACCAAACAGCCCUUUAUAUGGCUUUUCAGAGAGGAUAGACAACGAGAGUUAUUACUGCAGUUCUGAGAAAGAUGACAAUCUUCAUUACCAGAGGAGAUUGGAUUUAUCUUUGAAUGUUCCUGGACCUUCAUUGAGGAAUAAAAUGAUGCGUUCUGCAUCCUCCAUUGAUGGGAAAUGGAGUAUAUCCCAUAGUGAACCAGAUAUUGCUGCUUCAUUUUGGCGAAGGAGCCGGAGGAAGGUGAUAAAUGAACCAAGGACUGCAAGUUCAAGUCCAGAGCAUCCUUCCUUGAGAGCACGUGGCCGAUCCAUGCUUGGUGGUGAUAGAAGAUCAUUCAGAGAGUAUCCUGAUGAUGUUGGUCCAUCAAGAUCAGAAGGCACAUCAACGUCUGAACAUCGUAGAAACCGAAGAAGAAGCAUUAGUAUUACUCCAGAAAUUGGCGAUGACAUCGUAAGGGCUGUACGUGCAAUGAAUGAAACAUUAAAACAGAAUCGACUAAUGAGAGAACAGGUGGACACUCGGUUGCAGAAUCCAGAACUUAAGAAAGAUGAGACUGAUGAGAAUGAUGGAAGAUCUUUAUAUAGUCUUGAAAGGGAGAGGGAGGGUGAGGCUUCUCAAAAGGCAAUGUCAUUACCAACAUCUCCUCAUGAAUUCAGGCAUCCAGCUUCCGGAAGACCUGCUAUUCCAGAUGGUGAUGAAACAGUCUCAACAUGGAACAAAAUUCUGGAUUCACCCAUGUUCCAAAAUAAGCCUCUUCUGCCUUAUCAAGAAUGGAACAUUGAUUUCUCAGAACUUACUGUUGGCACCAGAGUUGGAAUUGGAUUCUUUGGGGAAGUUUUUCGUGGCAUUUGGAAUGGAACAGAAGUAGCAAUAAAAGUUUUUCUUGAACAGGAUCUUACAGCUGAGAACAUGGAAGAUUUCUGCAAUGAGAUUUCCAUCCUCAGUCGCCUUCGACAUCCAAAUGUUAUAUUGUUUCUUGGUGCGUGCACAAGGCCUCCACGCUUAUCAAUGGUGACGGAAUAUAUGGAGAUGGGAUCCUUGUAUUACUUGAUCCAUUUAAGUGGUCAAAAGAAGAAACUCAGCUGGCGAAGAAGACUUAAAAUGCUUCGUGAUAUAUGCAGAGGGUUGAUGUGCAUUCACCGAAUGAAAAUAGCUCACCGCGACAUAAAAAGUGCAAAUUGUCUUGUGAACAAGCAUUGGACAGUAAAGAUAUGUGAUUUUGGGCUUUCAAGAAUGAUGACAGAAUCACCCGUCAAAGAUUCCACGUCAGCAGGCACCCCUGAAUGGAUGGCUCCAGAACUAAUCCGAAAUGAACCUUUCACUGAAAAAUGUGACAUUUUUAGCCUCGGUGUCAUCAUGUGGGAGUUAUGCACUCUCAAUAGGCCAUGGGAAGGUUUGCCACCUGAGAGGGUUGUGUAUUCUGUUGCCAAUGAAGGCUCACGGCUGGAGAUCCCUGAAGGUCCACUUGGCAAGCUCAUUGCUGAUUGCUGGGCAGAACCAGCUGAGCGACCAAGCUGCGAGGACAUUUUGGUUCGUUUGCUAGACUGCGAAUAUGCCCUCUGUUGAGAGAACCAUCACAUCAUAUCAUUUCAUAUCAUAUAUCAAACUUAAACAACAAAGACAUACUACUAGUAGAGAGGUUUACAAAAUAUUAUCGGCUCCACUACUUUUGACUUCUGUAUAAAUCCAGUUAUUUGGAACAAUACUAUUCCUGCCUUUCCUUUCUCAAUCAUAUACAACUCUCUUUCAAGACUCA